AUGCGGCUCUUCACACCCCGGCGCCGUCUUUACAGCCAUGAGUGCGCGCGCAGGUGCGGCUUCGUGGUGCCCCUCUUCUACGGAGCGUGGUGGUGCCCGCUCCUCCCGCGUGCCGACGUCGCCGUCCACACCGUCGUCGGCGCGCCGCUGCAACUGCCGCGCAUCGCCGAGCCGACCGCCGAGCAGGUGACGGCGUACCACGCGCUGUACGUCGAGGCACUGACGCGGCUCUUCGAUGACCACAAGGCGCGCUUCGGGUACGCGGACCGGCGGCUGGAAGCUGGCCGGGCCUCCUUCCACCCAGCGAAGAGCUUCCUCAGCCACUCAAUGUGUUCCUCUCUCUUCAUUAUGCGCGCGGUAGCCUCAUCGUUGAACUGGAUCCACCUCUGCACCGCUCCCGUCGCCGCCUCGGCCACGACUUGCAAGUUCCUCGUGACCCCGGCGCCAAGGCAGGCGCCGCUAAGCAAGUGCGCCAUUGUCGCCCUAGGCGGGUUCUCAUCUUCCUCGGUCCAUUGCUGCGCGGCUUUCCGCACGAUCGGACACAGCGGGUCUCGCUUUAGUGCCGCCCUCCUCGCCGCGUCCCUCGCGGCCUUACAGCAUUCUCUUGCCGACGGCGGAAAAAGAAUUUGCAGCUCAGGCGGGAUUUACAACGCUGUCUUAAGGUCCGACCUGUGGGCUCUGCCUGCGCUCGGCACCGGGCACCGCCUCGAUUUUACCCAUGGCUCCUAA